UGGCGCACGUAUGUCGAAAAGUAUCACCGCAGCUUAAUCAUGUUUAAAUUAAACAUUGACAACAUUCACUAACCGAAUGUUAAUGUCCUGAAGACAUACGUAUGUUUAAAUUGUUUGUUUUCGCUUUUACUGAUAACAUAAGUUCUAAACGAAUCAUUUAACCCAGAUUGGCCACUAAAUGUGAGGAAAUUUCAUCAUUACUAUUCUGAUCGUGAGUAGCUGAAUCAAAAUGAAUGCCGAAACAAAUCUUGUGGAUCGAAUAUCAACAAAACACCCAGAACUAGUACAAGUAAACCAAGUUAUAUUUGCUGCAUCUAGACAACUGGAUGAACCGGAUGAUUCUGUGGAUGACUCUGUGAUAGAUGCGCUCGACUUAAGCACACCUAGCAAACAGUUGGAGAGUACUGUUUGUAUACCAGAAACUCCAAGUCCUGUAUUCUCAAGAACCACCAGCAAACGGGAGAGGAAUGACAACACACAAACUGAUAGCGAAUAUUUUUCAAAGAGGACCUGUCAGUUUGCUUCUGAUCGGUGUGUACUGCCUUCCACAAAAAUCUUCAGCAAGUUUGUAUCACCUCAGAAAUCAGAAGACAGUAAAAAGGUAGAUAACCGUGAUGACCAGCCGAAGACUGUCGGUGAUAGUUUAACAGGUUCGAGAGAGUGUGACUCUGACAGUGCUAUAUCUUCAAAGCAACGAUGCACGGCAGUUUUAGCUUCUCAGCAUGAGAAACAGAGAUCAGUGAAAGCUAAACGGUACCAGACAGAAGGGUGUUUGAAAAAAACUGUGAGUUCAGAUAUAAGUACCGACAGUGUUUGUCAGAAUGGCUACAAGAAUUCUCAGUAUGGAACUGGUUAUAUAGGCUGGCCGUCCGACUCUGACGAUUCUGAUUCUGAUAACAUCCCUCUCAGAGAUGUGAUCAGGAGCAGAGAGUUGACAAACGACUUGACUAAACAAGAAAUUGUAAAAAAGACGCAUAAACAAACUGAGUUAAAACAAAAGUCCUUUUACAGUCCAGCCAACUCUUGUGGUAAAAACUUUGAUUUAGAUAAAGGACAACAUGUUAGAGAUGAAAAACAGAAGAUUAAAAACAGAAGUUCCCCCAAAUUUACUUCAGAUAGAAAUGAUUCUUGUCAUCGUGAAAAGCGGUUGUUUAUACCUCGUUCAGAAUUGACUGUAAGAAACAUUUUUGGCGGCAGUGAUGUUAGUAACUCAAAGCUGAAACCCAGUAAUGGCCGAUCGUUCAGACCCCCAACUGACCAUUUACCCAACUGCAGAAAGUUUUCGUCCUGUAGAUAUGCCAAUACCAGCAUGGAUUCUAACCGGACUAAAGAUGAGGUGUCUAGAUGUAACCGUAGAGAAAAUGAUCAAGACCAGACGCAUGUUUCUACAAAAGUGUUUUCAUCCAAUCAAAUGUCAAAUAACCAUUCUAUGACUGAUCAUAUUCCAACAAUCUUCUCAACAGCCAAUCAAAUGUCUAACACUUUUUCAACCACCAGUCAUAUUUCUCCAACCAUCUCAACAACCAAUCGGAUGCCAAAUGCAAUAAUUUAUGCUUCUCCAACCUUGUCAUUAGCCAAUGAGAUGACAAAUAGUUUUUCCACUCCUCAUGUUUCUCCAACCCGUUCCACCACCCAUCAAGUUAGCUCAAGCGACGAAGCAUCUGACGAUGGUAAGAAAGCAGCUUCGGAACAGACCAAUAAACCAAAGAGUGCUGCCUACUUGACACCAAACACUUCUCCGUGUUUUAACUCGGGACAUAAUAGAAAUAGAAACUUUUCACGUCCAGUGUUUCAGUCAUCGGGAUUCAUCGAUCUACAUCCGGAAUCGGACCGAACCAGCAGGCCUAGUUGUAUGUUUAGUCACUUAACGGAUGGGAGCGGUGUGGACGUGAAUCCUCCAUCCCAGCCUGGUGGGGAACAUGAAGCUGCUUCAAACGAUGAUGUAGUUCUGUUGGACUCUACCAGUUCUGAAGAAUGUCGGCCAACAUCGUCAUUUGAUUGUUCUCUUGCCACACGGCGAACCCGCACAGCCACCAGGAGGAAAUCGCGGGUGUCUGGGUCAAGACGAAGGGGAGAUAUGGUGUCUCAUCAUUUGCACCACCGCCCCACUGAUGUGAUCCAGAUUGAGGAUAAUGUGGAGAUGGAUCACGCCGUGUCACUGGUUGAUCAGCUGGAGAGUGACGAACAGCUCGCCAAGAGACUGCAGGAAGAGAUGGACAUGGAGCUAGCGAUGUCACUCCAUGAGGCCCACUCUGUGAUGGACGGAAGGGCUCACCCGGGCCGUUAUGACAUGGACAGUGCCGGCAUUCCACCUGGCAUACUGCCAAUGUUUCAAGCCCACAUCGUGAGUCCCGUGCGUCGUCGUAGUUACAACAGCGUCAGACAGGCGAACAUGAGGUCCAGGAGACGACACAGAGGUGGUGAUGAUGAUUUACUGCUGGCCAUUGAUGGAGAGGGACAUGACGAUAUGAUGUUGCCAUUUCAUCAGCGAACAGACAUGGAUCAUCAUAAUAUGGUGAUGAUGGAAGCCCAUAUCUUGUCUCUUCUUGAAAGCCCUGUAAGACGCGGUAGACGCAGGGGUGUAGGUGGUCGGGGUCCUCGCAAUUUUAUCUUCGGUGUCGGUCACAGUGGAGAAGGAAAUGACUACGAGGAGUUGCUGGCACUGGCCGAGAAUCUAGGCGACGUGAAGUCAAAAGGGAUCAGUACUGCGGAGAUCAAUCGUCUUCCCACACGUGACUAUAAGAAACCCGAGGGGCCGACCGACGAGAUAGAUGACUGUUUGAUUUGUAUGUGUGAAUACAAGGAAGGUGAAUGUCAGCGCAUUCUUAACUGCUUCCACGAGUUCCACGCAAAGUGCAUUGACAAGUGGCUCAAGUCGAGUGCCACAUGUCCAGUGUGUCGCGUGGACGUUCGAUCAUGAACCUAUCUGUGAUGUUGCUACAAAACCUUGUUUAGUUAACAGUGUUCACUUGUGACCUUUUUUUCGUUAGCCAAGAAUCCUAAUACAGUCGAAUCCACUUAAUGGAAUAUUACUGGGGCCUAAUUGACAAAGGUCUCUUAGGAUCUACUAGAUAACAUAGCAUUCUCUUUGCAAGUCUUUUUGCAUUGCACUGUGAGAUCGCAAAGUUGCAAGAGUUUAGUAAAUUAGGCCCCUGGUUAUUUGCAUAUAUAUUGUAUUGUGCCCAGAAUCCACUUAAUGGAAUAUUACUUUAUUUAAUAAAUCAGUUAUUUGCAUAUUAUAUUGUGCAGAGAACCAUUUAGCAGUAAAACAUUACGGAUUAUAUAAUUACAUAUUGGUUAUUUACUUAUGAAAAUGAAUAAAUGUUGUAAUCAGAUAGACCAGUUAUUAACAUAAAUUUUGCAUGCUCAAGGUCUAUACAGUUGAGCCAGUUUGACUGUACGUCGGAGAAAUUGUGACUUGUAUGUUGACAAGUCACAUUAUUAGAUACAGAUGAUUACAGAUUACAUAUCUAAACAUAUUUAACAGCAAACAGAAUUCCAAGUAAUCAUUAAAUCAAACUGGUUAAGUAUAAUCCACCAAGACUUACGUAAGAGCGUGUUGUGCUUAAUUCCCUUAAUUCUUAUAAUAUUGUGGUUAUAGUGUUAGAUUUACUCGCUUUGCUUUGUGUAUGAGAAAUGUAAUUAGUAUAAUCCAUCCAUGAGUGUUACAGGGCUCGAACUUAAGAAUUUGUCUCCCACGGCAAUUAAAACUAAAAUUGCAGUUAGUGAAAUGGACCACCGACAGCAAUUAAAGCCUGUCCAUGGCAAUUGAGAAAAGAGAAGACUUUUGCAGCAAAAUAAUAAUACGGAAAGGUUAUUUUGCUGUAUGUAUAGACAUUUUAAAUGUACUAAUGUUAUUUACUGGCAACUAAUGUACAUCAGAUGAAAACAUUUUGCCAUUAUUGGGGAGCUUCCGGCCUAUGGCAAUUUAUAUCUCAACGACUGCAAUUGCUGUCGGUGCCAUCAUUAAAUUCGAUGCCUGGUGUUAAAAAUCCAAAAUAGGUUGGAGUUUUUUUAGUGAAUCUAAAUUGUUCCUUGUUGAUUACAUUUAAUAUCUGGCAGACUCUUCUAUUACAUUUUGAAAAAAAUAAAAAAUUAAACACCACAAAAAUUUAAGACGGACAAAGAAUUUUUUUAUGUAAUUUUGACAUUACAAACAUGGAUGAUGAUGAGAUGAAUGGUUAAGCACCAUUUCUUUUCACAUUACCUGUCCUCAAACAAGUGCACCUCCCUCUC